UUCGAAAAAUCGUACCAAACCGGAUUAUUGACUUUUUUUGUAUUUUAAGAAACGGAUGGGCCUUAAUAAGCCUUAUUUAAAAGCCCAAAUAGCUAGAUACGGCCCACAUUAAACGUGUUACAAUUUCACAGAGAACGAUCAAGACGUUUCUCGAACUAUACGGAAGCGCUUCAAACUGAAAUUAUCAGACAGAACAGUUCGCUUCUAUCUACAUCUCUCUAGAAAAAUCUCUCCACUCUUAUUUAAACUACACGAAUCUCAAACAAUCUCCAUCAAACGAAAAAAAAAAAACCAAGAAUCAAAGACAAGUCAUCAAGAAAGCAAACAAAACAACAAUGGAAUUUGUAAGGUUUCCAAUAGUCUCAAUCCUCGAAGACAUGCUCGAAGUCCCCGAAGAGCACAACGAGAAGAGCCGCAACACUCCCUCAAGAGCAUACAUGCGAGACGCAAAGGCAAUGGCGGCUACACCAGCUGACGUGAUCGAGCACCCGAACGCGUACGUUUUCGUGGUGGACAUGCCUGGAAUCAAAGGAGAGGAGAUCAAGGUUCAGGUGGAGAACGAGAACGUGCUUGUGGUGAGUGGAGAGAGGCAGAGAGAGAAUAAGGAGAAUGAAGGUGUGAAGUAUGUUAGGAUGGAGAGGAGAAUGGGGAAGUUUAUGAGGAAGUUUCAGUUGCCUGAGAAUGCUGAUUUGGACAAGAUCUCUGCUGUUUGUCAUGACGGUGUGUUGAAGGUUACUGUUCAGAAGCUUCCUCCUCCUGAGCCUAAGAAGCCAAAGACUAUUCAGGUCCAAGUUGCUUGA